GCCGUUUUGACAGCCUCUGUGCCACAUACAACCAUAACAGCCCCCGUGUGCGAGCACCCCGAAUUGGACAGGCUCCGUGCAGCAGUCGUAGAAUAUUCUGUAAUUUUACUCUGUAAUCCAGUGUUCCGAGUUUCGAUUUCCAUCGCGGCGUGUAGUUAAGUGCUCAAAGUGUGGAUUGCACGUGAAGUGGAUCGUUUUCCGGUGUCAGAAGUGGCAGAAAAAUCAACUGCAAAUCCAAAUCAUAGCACAUCUUUCUGGCCGUCAUUGUGGUGGAAUACCAGGUUCACUUUGUCUUGUGGUGUGCGAAAAGAAAAAGCAGCUCUGGUUGGCCAGUGGGAAAGUGUGUACAUCAGCGCAAUGCUCGGGAGUGAGUAGAAGUGUGUUCGCCUGCGAAGCAAAGUGAAGUGUGAUAGGUGAGAAUAAUGAGCGAUGAGCACUGAGACGGGCUAGGAUUGCUUCCCACUACUACUACCAACCGAUUUACAAUGGUACCCAGUGAGAAUGUACUAGUGACGAGGUGAAUGGAUGGUGAAGAAACGACAAAGUUUUAACAGCAAAGUGUCAAGCAGAGUUUGUUUACAGUUUUUAAGUGGAACAAAAUGUGUGAAUCAACUAUCAUCACAUUCACCCUCGGCAGCACUUCUCAUGUAAUUUACUGUGCAAGAAACAAGUGAAAAUAAAUAUCGCCAAAAUCAUUCCUCUCAACUGCAGCAGCAUCAGCGAAACGGUGCCCAAGAGAAUCGUAAAAUAAAAAAAAUAAAUGGUGUCUGGAUCCAAGUGAUUAGUGGCUAGUGGUAAAUUCUGUUUCGGCCACCUUUGUGUAUUUGUGUGCAUGCCAAUGUGUAUAUGAAACGUGUAUUUUCACGAAUGUAAAUUUUGUACCAGAAUAUUAAAAUAUUAUGUGUGGCAAGCAAAAAGUGAAAGAUAGGAUCAAAUGCAUUGACCCCUUGAUCGCUAAGCAAUAGAGUAUACUAUCAAUAGCGGUAGAUCGCGUUGACGAGAAACUAUCAUCGGUCUCGUGAAAAGGCAUUGUCUGCCGACGGAAGUUCCAUCCUGAGAGAAUCCUGAAUUUUCCCCGGAGUCUGCCGGAGGCCGUCGCACUAUUGCGUCCGCCUUGGCUGACAUCCGUGUCUUCGCACGCCAAUGAAUCGUCGGCAAUCAUUGGACAAGCCAGGUGAGCAAGGUAUUUUGUCUCCUCCGGGUCCAUUCUUAACGCCGAGUCCUUCGCCAUCGGUACCAGCAAGUCCACGGCUGCAGCCUUCGCCGUCUCAGUCACCAUUUCAGCAACACCAACCACAGGACGUCUUGCUGGUAACGAACAGCAGCGUUGUUGGCAGCUUGACUCAGGAGCCGGACCGGAAGUUAGCUAUCACUAACCGACGCCAAUCCUUCAACCAGUUUCCUCAACAGCAGCAGCAACAACAGCCGCAUCAACAGUUUAGUAACAGUAGUCCAAAUGCUGGGACGGUGGUUUAUCGGCCGAGCCCCACCCAGUCACCGGCCGGUGCAGCAACCUACAGCAUCACGACCAUACCUGGCAAUGAGUUCAACACGACACUAGUGGGCUCCAAUAAUAUCUCCUUAAACAAGAAGGGCCGUAAAUCCUCGUCAGCGAGUGUUAUCCAUCAACCAGCGCUUGUUCAGCCGCAGCAACAUACCUUCAUCCAGUCGCAUGCCGGUCAUGGACAUGGAACAACUAUCGGUGCUCCUGCAUGUAGCCCGAAAGCGGCGAAAAAAGUCCUUCAACAGCAUCAGCACCAGCAGCAACCGCAGCAGCAGCAAACGCAAGCAGUUUCCUUCGUUGGAAGCCCAAUUGCCAGUCCCAGCCCGAUUGCGAGUCCCAACGGGUCGAUCCUGGUUACAACCAGUAGCCACGGUGGCUUGGGUGGUAGUAUUAUUGUUGGCAGUGCUGGACAUCAUGCCGGCAGGGCAACAUCAGCGACAAGCAGCGCGGGGGCGUCAGCACAAUUAAGGCCUCCUACGCCACAGCCUGUGAUACAACAGUAUCCUGUUUUGGGUGCCGGCAAUCAAAUAGUGCAAAUAUUUCAAGGUUCUCAAUACAUUACUCAGCAACCUGCUGUGUCACAGCAUCAGGGUCCACAACAGCAGUCUGCGCCAGGGCAGCAUCAGCAGCAGCAAAAUCGUCAAACGAUCAUAUCGCAUUCGCCACAACCGCAGCAAUACGUUCCCCAAUCGAUACACACGACUCAUCAGCAUCAGUCACAGCAGCAGCAGUUUAUUCAGCAAAUCAUUACAUCUUCUCCGUCCUCAAAUACAUCGCCGCCGACCUCUGCAUCGGUGACCGUUGCGGGAGGAGCAGUCAUCAUAGGAGGUCAUAAGCACCAAAAAGGGCCACAGCAGAUUUUGCCAAAACCAGUGACUCCGUCAGUAUCUCCUUCGCCCGGCUCCGCACAUCAGAGCCCACAGCAACAAAUGCAACCAACAUACAGUCCGGUAUCGCUCAGUACCUCCAUCAAUAAACCAAUUAUGACACAACCCAAAACUACGUUGGUAAACCACAUGCCAGCGCAGAUACAAGUUACGCAAACCGCUACCGGAGGCCAUUUCAUGACUCCGACAGGCCCACAGCCAGCUCAACAGUCUCAACCUCCGACACAGCAGCCGCAGUUGGUAGCUACACCACAAACAACUCCAACAGCAACUUCGAAUCCUACGGCGAACGCCACACCGCAAAAUGGUGGUUCGAUAAUUCUGCCAACUGGAAAUUUGAAUGCACAACCCCUUCUGCUCAACCAAAUGCCGGUUAUCGUUCAACAAAACACUCCCCAGGGCGUUCAACUGAUCCUUCGACCUCCUACGCCACAAUUAGCUGCUCCAAGUUUGGUGAUUCACAACACCAGACCCCAACUUCAACAAACUCAACCACAGCAAGUUCUAAGGAUUUUAAACACCAAUGGAGCAAUGCAACUAGCAGCUGCGCCCACCUUUAUUGUGUCUUCUCAGGGAAAUCUAGUGCAACAAAAUAUUCCAGGUUUGAAAACUAACCAAGGUGUUCCGUUAACACAAAUACAAGGGCUACCUGGACAAAGGCAGCCACAACAAAUUACGGCAGCGAUAAAUCAACAUUUGCUCAGUCAAGGUGUGGCGCAAAUUCAAAACUUGCAGCUUAAUGGGAAUUUGGCCCAAAUUCAGGUACCGAAUGGAUUAAAUGGGCAGUUAUUGACGACACUACCAGCACAAUUUCAACAAGGUGUGGGGAGUUUUAGUCUGCAAAAUCAAAACAUCAACCUCAAUCAGAUUGGCAAUACAAGCUUUUCUCAACUCACUGCUGCGGCCAGUGGAGCAACGUUCACCUCACCUCCUCCGCCAACGGUGCAAACAUCAACGCAAGGUGAUAUUGUAAAUACUCAGAAUAUACAAUUUACAACAGCGCAACCAAGCGGUGCGAUAACGGUUAGUGCUCCGACCCAGCAACCUUCGCAUGGCCAAAUAAUUGGGAACUCGUCUGUGGAUGGACAGCUGUCGGCCCAUUUGCAGAACCACUCUUCGGUAACAACAGAGCAUGCUCGCCAACCAACACCCAUAAUGACAACUUCAAGUGGACAGCAAGUUUUCGUUACCGAUGCGAAGGGACAACCACACCAAAUUCCGAAUCAGACACCACAACCACAGCAACACUUUUACGGCAGCAGCACAAUCCAACAGCACCCUGUACAUAUACAACAACAACUCCAGCCAAAGUUCGAGCCUGAAAAACCCAAAAAAGAGCGCAAGAGUAAAAAGAAAAAAGUUACACCACCUCCGAUCGCCACUGCUGCACCAAUCAUUGUGACCCCAAGUCCUGUAGUGACGAGUCAAGUUCAGAUGAUGAAUACUUCAACGAUAUCUGGUGCUCCGACAUCAACGUCCUAUGUCGAACCGAUGACGUCACCUCCAACAUCCCCUAUGCUAACAAACACCCAUACUUCCACCGGGAAAUUGGAUCUAGCAAAUCUGAUGAAAAUAUCGGGAAUUGGUAUUGAAGACGACGAUUUUAUGGACACAGAUGAACCGCCCCCUGCACCAGCCCCUCCGCCUUUGGUACAAGCAACAGCAAGUCAACAGCCCCAAGAUUUUCCUAAUGUUGUGAUGCAAAAUGAAGUAGCGGCCAAAGAACAGCUAAUGUCACCGCCACCACCAGCUUUACCGCCAACUACCACCGAUAUUAUGAUCACGAUUCCAGCCAGUGCUGCCGGGUCCAACAUAGACUUUCCAUACACGAUCUCGAUUCCAGCUGCGGGACUUGAGGGACAGGAUGUUCAAUCAAAAACAUCAACCGAACAACACAAACCGCCAGUUUCUCAACAGCCACAUCACCUAGCACCGUCGCAUUCAUUACAGCAUUCUGGGCAUGAGCCUCCGCCUUUCAUGAUUACGAUUGAUCCUUCCAAUGAUCCAAAUUCUGCACAACCGUACACGAUCUCAAUACCUCGGGUAUCCGGAGGUGGUCCAGACGAACCAAGAUCAGUCAGUGUUGCAACCGUUGCCCCGACACCAACUGUAGGAACACUCACUUCAAGCACCUCUGUGAUUACCAGCGCAUCACAAAAUACGUUCUGCGUCAACAGUUUAAUGAACAACGUACUGAACACGCAAGUAACUCCGACGAUUCAGAGUCAAAUCAACGAAAUUCAAAACCAACUGAUUCAAGCUGCUGCAUCCACGACAUCAACAGGACCGUCUUCUACUGCUGUGAUAAGUCAAAAUUUUAUGGUAACCCAUCCGCAAACUCUGAUCUCGACAUCCACCAUCUGUGCACCCAUUGUGACUACUACCAUUACCUCACCUGUUACGACUUCUAUGAUCAUAUCGCCUAGCAAACCUAUCAUCACUCCUACCAAAAAGAAAUCAGGUGGUAGUAAGAAAAAUGGUAAGAAGUUGGUUGACAAGACUUUGGAAUCAAUCAACACUUCAGUUCCAACUCAAAUUGGCAAUAUUCAAAUCUCACAAAUAGAUGGAACUACGGUGAAUAACAACAAAACGACCAAAGGUGCAAUCAACAAUCAAAUCCAAAUUACCCCAAUAUUGGAUAAUAAAGCAAUAGGCGUUCAAUACCAAGCAGCCGUUCAACCGCUUUCUCAGGUGCAGAUAAAUCAGACGCAUGCUGUUCAGCCACAGCCACAACCGCCCAUUCAACCGUCAAUGAAUCCAACGCCCAGUAUGCCUCAGCCAGUAAUACAAAAUCCAACGUUGCAAUCUCCACAAAUUCAGUUACCACCACCUCCUCCUCCUCCUCCUCAGAUUCAACAAAUGUCUGCACAAGGUAUUUUGUCCCAACUCACGGGUGCAUUGAGUCUAUCCCUUGCGGAGAACGGACACCUGAUUCUCAAGCAUGACAUCAAUAGUCCGCAGGACAGUCAAUCUCAAAUGAUUCUUCAGGCUAUUCUAUCCGGUGCACUUGGGAACGUGAGUCUGGUAAAUGAACCUUCUUCAAAGCCGGCACCACCGACCAACCCAUCUCCGGUGGUUUCUCAACAAACACCAGUUCCAACGAUUCAGCAACCUCCUAAGAAUAUUGCCGCCGUCAGUGGACAAAUCCAGCAGAAAAAUGUUAUCGUUACUAAUACGGCAAGUCACUCAACAACUGGUGGUCAUUUCUCGACAUUCAAUCCCCAGUCAUCAAAUAUUGUUACGUCGUCAAGUUCAACGCCUGUUAUUCAAACAACACAACAUCAUCAGCACCAGCCGCCGCUACUAACCCAUCAGCAUCAGCUAAUCCAUUCUCAGCCGUCAAAUGUGACCCAAAGUCUUAAGGAAGUGCGGAAGCAUGAGUCAACUCCCGUUGAGCCACCUGUACCACUACAUCCACCCCCGCCGCCUCAACAAACGAUAGUUAUCAAUCCAAACGCGCCGAAGCUGGUGACGUUACCCAAAAUAGAACCGAAUCAACAAUUGUUUUCGUUGAACACUCUUACAAAUCAGAUAACACAGCUAAGCCCAGACCAAACAACCGCUUCUCUGGAACCUUUGGAGCGGCUUCUGAUAGUUCCCACAGGGAUCAAUUCGCAGCAGUUGGCACAAUGCCUACUACAAGGCCAGAUUCAUUUCAAUAAUAUUGGACCAGUAACACAAACCAGUGACCCAAAGCCGCAUCAGCAACCUUUACCACCGCAACCUCAACCGCCGGUACAGCAGCAAUCGAUAUUUCAGAGCCAGCAGCAGCAGCAGCAGCAGCAGCAGCAGCAGCAACAACAACAGCAGCUAGUAAUUCAAAACAACCCAAACUUCAAACCCAACACGAUACCUACAACAAUCCCAGCAAUCGUCAACAAACAAGUCAUCAAUCACCAGAUCAAACCGGAGAAGCCUAAACGCAGUCGAUCCAAAAAGGCUGACAAACAACCAGUCAAGACCAGUCUGGUAAAGGUAAAUCCGGUGAGCAGCGGCCUACCACCCAACGUAAUUCUACAACCCGGGCAGCACGCUCAGCCAAUUCUGGCCGAAGAUGGUACCAAAAUAGGAACAAAAAUAGUCGGCACGGUGAACCCCAACAAUUUUGUGACCAAUCCAGUUCCCACGGCAUCAGCGCCACCGAUUGCCCAAGUGCAGCCCCAACAGCAGCAAAUGCAUAUUGGCAACAAAAUGAUGAAUAAGACAAUGACUUCAACGGGAGCCGCUGCUUCAGGAGCUACCCAGUGCAAUAAUCUUAUUGUGACCCAUAAUAGUAAUUUGGCUAGCGGCACAUCCGCUAUCAGUAGCAGUAAUCUUAGUAUUAAUAGCAACAAUAGCAGCAGUAGUAACAGUAGUGUAAAUGUGUGUGUUCAACCGAAUAAUGUUUUAGGUGGUAGCACAUUAAGUACCAAUAAUAGUAGAAAAGGUAAAGUCCCUCCACAACCAGCCGUGCAACCGAUGAUGAGUCAAAUGCCACCAUUGGUAAGCGUUAACUCUGGAUCAGUACCGACCACCAACUCGACUGUUGGAGCACCCAGUUUAGUUCAUAGAGUUCAGACAAUCCAAUUGACGCCACAAAAGCAACAGCUUUUGAAAAGCGUACAACAGCAGAUACAAGUCCUGUCGACCAAACUACAAAAUAAGAAUCUGCUGGCGACCCUCACUAUUCCGGCUGAUUUUGAUCCCAAUAACCCAAUCUACAAUAAACCACUGCCCGUACUGACGAACAUUCAAGGCAUGGCAGAUCCAGAAAUAACGCAUGCACUUCAACGAUUGUUUAUCGAGCAGCAGAAAAUCCUUGCAACGGGAAAGAUCAUUCCAACUAUAACUGCAGGACAUGCUUUAGCAGUUGCCGCUACAAAUGUGCCACCUCUUCCGACUCCAAUUGUUGGGGCGCCGAAUUCGGGUGGAUCCAUCAUCAGUAGUGAACCAAAACCCCAGCAGGCCAUUGUUUCUCCGAUAACCGUCACUCCAACAUCGGCUAAUGCUGCCAUUUACCAAGGAGGAGCCAACAUGCAAACUAUCCCUUCGCCAAUACAGAUCAGUUCUCCACAGGUUGUGAAACAAGAUACGAUGAUUCCUACCUCAUCGGCAUCGAAUUACGCAAGUACAAUUGUAACCAGUAGCAAUUCAUCAAUGUCGAUUACCAUCACCAAUAGUCUACCAGUUCAGCAAGCGCGUGGAACUCAACCUAAACUACCGGGCUCAUCAGACACCUCCAUAAUUCCAAUAAGCUCUGCUUUACCACCGCAAACGAGUGUAACUAUUACACAAGCUCCUCAGGUUAUUGGUCCAUCAGUUGUGAAGUCCAAUGUGAAGUUGACGCCUCCUCAGCCCCAGCACCAGAUAAUCCUCAACAACAAAAAUAUCACCCUUACCAGCACAUCUAGCAGCAUUCCGAUGCCUUCCUUGGUUCCAACGCAACCCCAUAAUCAGCAAUCAAUGAGCGUUACAAAAAUCGAGCUUCCCCCAACACCACCUCCGUCGUUGUUAUCCACUCAGAAUCGAUCAAAUACUCCUGUACCACCCCCUUUGGUACCAACUUCCAUGCCGAUAAGCCACCAACCAGGCAAAAAUUUUGCCGGUCAAUCUAUUGUGAUUGGAAGCGGAUCUCAACCGAUAAUGACAAACGCAAUGCCUCAUAGUGUCACGGUUGGCAGCGUGAACCCAAAAGCACCCCUAAUGCCGUCACCGUCUGGCAAUGUGACCAUCCAGGCAAACCCAUCACUUCAAGUUCAACUACAACAACCUCAGCAGCCUAUGAAUAUUGUACCACCACCUUUGGUGACAAUGGCUCCUUCCAUGCCUGUAGCCCCAACGAUGCUAACAUCGCCUGCUGUUGGUAUUCAACAACCAGCAACUAAUAGCUGCAUGGCUUCAACUGCCCCGACAAUUCCUUCAACACCUACUAUAAUCCAUCAUGGAAUAUGUGGACCAGAAUCCGUUCCCGUCAGCAGCAGCAGCAGUGUUUCAGUCCCAAUUUCGUCCAGUGCUACAAGCACUGCCAUAACCAGCAGCGUUACAAGUUCCAAUCCAGUAACAUCACCAGUACCGACAAUAGUCACCACGACUCUUCUAGGCAACAAACCUGUGGUAGUGGCGCGAACAAGUUUAUUCGAACGUCAAAUUUCGGUAGACCAAGAUGCUUGCACCAGACCUGAUACCACAACCCCUUUCAUGGACAAGCAAGAGGCGGUUAAGCGGUUGAUUCGGUAUCACUGCAUGUAUGAGGAACGGAGCGAAGAUAACUUGGAGGAAGAACACUCUUUCAGAGCGAUGGCGCAUGAGUUUCCGAUCAUCUACAGGAAUAUGCUGAACAAGUACCAAUACCUCCUGAUGCAGGAAUCCAUGCGCCACGUUCGAACUGCAGAGCUUAUGAUGGUCGAUCGCAUGCUAAACUCGGAUGUGAAGGAUGAGAUACUCGAAAUGCAGCUGAAGAUCAACGAAUAUAGGAACCCGAACUUCAAUGAGCUUCACAUGAGCAUGGAGUCUCAACAGGCACACCCGAUGCAGCUGCACGCACACGUACUACCUCAACCAGCAAUACCCGUCACGGUUGAAGAAUACAAAGUGAAAAAGGAAGACAUGCAAGCCAUGGAUUCUCCAUAUGCGCCACAUUACCAUACGGAAGCAUCAAGCUCUUUCAGUUUGCAGACGAGUUCCUCGAACGCUAGUUUAUCAGUCAUCAAAACGGAAAUUAAGUCAGAGGGGAACCCAACCGACGAAUUGGUCGCCUAUAGGCACCACAGCAAUACUCACUUUUCUGCACAACAACAUACUGCGCAUUUAGCAACGAUGUCCAAAGGCAAUGCAGUGCGACAGUCAACCGAGUUGCUCAAGAAAGAGGUUGACAGCUUUGAUGAUAUUGAGAGUGAAAUCACUCCCAGCUUCAUCAUGAAAAAAUGUGAUAAUGUGCAUCCUGCUGCAGUAGCUCAGCAAGUUGCACCGGCUCCACCUGCCCCGCCUUCUCUGAGCUACUUCAAUCAUGUGGGAGAGGGUCAUAGCAUAAACCACAAUCAAUCUACUGUGGUCGAUGUUACGCGUUCCACCGAAUCCUACGAUGAGUGGCUGUGUAUUCAGAAAGAACUUAAUUUGCCCAGUGAAAGGCAGGAUCAUACUAUUAAGAACAUAAAGAGUCCAGAGGAGGAAAUCAUAGAAAAGCAAUUGGAUGAUCUGUUUAACCCUUCUAGCGAGGGGAAAGACAGUGAUGUUACUCGAAGUCAAGUGGAUUCGCCUCUAGCCGAUUUCUUCAACGCUCAUCAGCAUGAUUCCGGGGUUGGUGGAAGCGCUGGUGGAUCAAGUGUGCCUUCGGAUAAGUCUGUUGAGAAUCGGUUAGAAGCUUUGUUCGGUAGUACACCCUUACACAACAGGAGUUCGGAAGACAAUUCACCAGAAGCGGUUGACGAGAAGCAAAAUGAUUUGAUCGGUUCGAGAUUGGAAUCGUUAUUUCAGGGUGGAGAGGGGGCUUUAGAUAAUUCAAGCUUUCUGCAUAAAACCAAUAAUUUUGAAAUGAUUCAAACACAGUUAACUCAAAAAAGACAUUGGAACACAACUGAGUGUGAAUGGGAUGAGAGUGGUAGUGCUAGUAAAAGACGAUGUCUGCCCGGGAACUCAAAUAGAACACAUGACGAUGAUCACCGAUGGCUACUCGAAUGCACUCAUGAACAGAAUCAAUCUCAUUCCAAUCAUUCUAUCGGAGCAAUCCGGGGUCACUCACAGGUUCAACAGGAUGUCAAUGCGCUCAGCACAGGUAACAAUCAUAUCCUUAACGAUAAUGGUAACGGACAUAUUCCUAGCACUAAUACUAGUACUAGCGGUAGCACUACUAACUCGAAACGUACUUCCUGGAAUGGCGACAUUCUACUUGCUUCGGCAACCGGUGAUCUUGAUAUGCUCGAUACUAAUCUCAGCCUUAGUCUGAAUAAUCUCAACAGCAUGUGUAGCUCGGUGGGAAUUAUGACAAGCGAUGCUCCUUCUUCGCAUCAUGGGUCUAUUAAGGCAUCUAAAAAUUGCUUCCAUUCGCCGGUCCUCGGCACGGAAAACUGUGAUGAUACUAAUCUAAUUGGUCUUGGCACAGGUGGUGGUCUUAACAAUUCUAGUCAUCCUCAUAGUCACAGCGUUAAGCUAAACUAUCUCGAUCGUGAUCUUUUAGGGCUGGACGGAUCCAACGACAUCUCUAAGCAACCUCACCAGCAGUCGGUGACGCACUCUGUGGCGAACGACCUCCAGCAUCAACUGAACCACAUAACCUUCGACGCCAGUGGCGGUCAGCUCAAUUUCGACGAAGACAUUAACCGGCAGGUUCAAAAUGCAAUUGAUUCGAUUCUGAAUCUGCAAAGCAACGACUCUGAGGCAGCUCUGCAUUUUUCGCUUGACCAAUCAUUCUUAGCUGACAGCCCGCAAACCAUGCAGCGACCUCCAUCAUCGAACAAACGGAAAUACCAUCAUAUCAACAGAAUGGACGAUAUUAGCGAUUGCCUUGGUUCAGUUAUGGACGAAAGUAGCGACAACGCCGUUACUCACAACCUUCAUCAACAGCAGCCGCAUCUUCAAAAUCAUUUCAACCACGUACUAUACCAAACACACAAUCAUCAACAACCACAACACCACAACGCCCACAGUCAGCAUCAUCAAGCACAAACGCAAGGUCCGUCCGCAGUCGAAGGAGGAGCAGGCUCAUCUACUACUGGCGAUGGACGAGUGAGUGCCGCAGACCUACCGGUAAAGACGAUCAUCAAAUCUUGACAACUUUCGGCGAUGGGCGGAAAUGCUGGGGGGAAGAACAUGCUUGCCGUCACGAAUCCCUCGGUUGCGCCGGCAUCGGCAGCAACAGCGGCGGUUUAGGGGGGGCACUCCCCUGUAGUAGGUCUCUUUACUGUGUUCGUUCAUAUGGUGGCAAGGUUAAGUUUGAGCAAUAAUAAUCAGCAUGAUUUUGAUUUUA